AUAAGCAUCACCUGCCCAGACACGCUUGAACAAAACACAGAGGAGCUGAAGGGAAUUCUGACCGAGAAUAAGGAUUACAUUACAACCCACGUCUUCAGGUUCACCUUCCAAAACUCCCAGGUGGACGGGGUGAUCAGCCAGGCCCUGUGGGGUGAUCUGGACUUCGUUCAAGUCCUCCUCGAGAACAACAAAUUCGACUGGGUCGACAAUAAGGCUUUUGCCAACUCCAAUGAGACUUUGCACUACCUAAGUUUGAAAAACAACUGCCUGAAGCAGUUCACGACCAGCUCAGCCAACGAGCUCCCGUAUCUCGCGACCCUUGACCUGAGCUACAACAACCUGUCUGUGGUCUUCACAGACGCCUUCACUUACAAGAGCCUCGAGUACCUCGACCUCUCCAACAACCAGAUCACCUCCAUCGGGAAGAGGUCUUUCGCCGAACUGGACAACCUCAAGGAGCUGCACUUGAGCAAAAACCAGCUGACCAAACUGGAAGACGAGACCUUCAAGUUCAACAGCCACACCCAGCUCUCCAACCUCCUGGUCAUCGACGUCUCGAACAACGCCAUCACGUCCGUAGCGAAGACGGCCUUCGCCGGUCUCUUCUAUGUCGAGAUCAACCUGCAGAACAACCAGUUGAGGACGGUCAGUGAAGAGGUCUUCAAUCACAUCCUAGUGGACAGCUCCUACUACGCCGUGAUAUCGUUGAUGGGCAACCCAAUCAACUGCGACUGCAAGGUCCUGUGGAUCGUGAACAGCACGCGGGUCCAGGCGUCCUUCGACAACUUCAUGUGUAUCAAUCUGGGGAAGCCCAUAGGAGAGACAACAAUCGAGGACCUCGGCAACUGUACAAAGAACGAGGGAGACGAGCGAAUGGCAACAUCAACGACCCCACUUUAUGAGGUCCCGUUGGGGUAGACUUGUUGUUGAAUGGGUUUCUUUCACCGUCCGGGAUGGUUCAGUCAUGUGGGGAUGUAAUGAUUCGGUUUAGGUCAUCAGGGUCUUUUUGAUACGUAAUGAAAGAGUUCUGCACCGGCUAAUUUGGAGAUGGGGUAAGGGAAUACAGAAACAACUCACACAGCAAUACGGGAUAUUUAUUUACAUAUUUCUUGAAUUGUGCUUCAAAGCAGGGGUGUUGACGGCUGGUCCGUAUAAGACACAGGCAGUUUCAUUCAAUCUGUGGAGUAAACUUCUAAUAAACUUUCAAAGGGCAGUGUAGGAAAGGUGCCACUUUCAUACCAAACCACUCAAGGAGCCUUUCUCCUCCAGGUACAAUUCACAAUUCUUCUCCUCUCUCUAUCUAUCCUUCAUCCUCUUCACUGACUCCUCUUUCUUUCUCUCUCCUUCUGCCCUUCCCUCUCUGUCCUUCCAAGGAAAAUCCUAAGAUAGCAAGCUUUUAUAUACCUACAAAUGGGCAGGGAUAACUAUGACACUUUCUAUGAAAUCUCCGCUAUCUGCUAGGAUUGGAAAACUGCUCACCCGACCUCACCAGACUGGAAACUUCCAUUCUCUCCGCAUGGCCGAACCGUCUCAAAACUUUUUAACCCUUUCAAGCUCUGUCGCCAGUUUCUGCAGUGUUCCCCCCACACAUCACCCACGAUCAGCACGUCUACAUACAUCUAACCAUUCGCGUUCAUUUCUCGGUUAAUUUUCUUUCGCUCCAACCGACGUUGUGUCCGCUCUUCCAUCCACCUCUUUUGCCCUCGCGUCUCUCAGAUCCGCUUCCUUCCCUUCCUCCAAAUUCUAAAUACUCACUCCAUCGACCCCAGACUUCUUCGUUUCCCAUUCUACAAACAAGCAAACACACAAACAUGUAUAUUUGUAUAAGAGUGUCUAUCAAGCAGAUAUGUGAUAGCUGUAUACGUGUUCAAUACAAAAUAUAGCCGAUCCUGUAUAUUUAUUUCAUCUAUAUUUUUGUGACUUGACAAUAAACGUUGUUUUUACU